UUUCACGAGCGCACUAAAUAGAGCCUCGAUCCUGGAGCUCUGCCGUCUCAAAAUCCGCUCUAGAAAUCAAAGAGAUUUGGAAAAUUUGGCAAAAGCCCAUGUUUUUUGUAAAUUUUAUUCUUGGGCUUGGCAAUGGGGUUUUGAACUUUUAAGAAGAGGAACAAGUUCUGUUUUUUUGGCUUGACGGGUCGCUUCUUUGCUAAUAAAUAAACAAAAGAAAAUUUGUGGGUUCUAUAAGGAGUAAAGAGGAAGCUCAGCUUGGUGGUCUUUGUGACAUAUCAAUCUCAAAUACUUUGGUCUUCAUUUUUCUCCAUAAGAGGGUAGUGGUCUGCUGAUACUGGAUAAAUAAUGAGAGAAGAUAUCAUCGUUGAUAACCAUUCAAAAAAUCCAAGGGGUAACGGAAAAACUAGCGGUAAUCCUCCGAAGCCUAAGUCGAGUUCCUUGUGGGGGUCCCAGAUCGUCAAGGGCUUUGUCACAGAAAAGAAAUCAAAGUCUCAAGCAUCAAUUCCAAACAAGAAGCUGCCUCUGGCUGGUUUGGAGGUCUCUAUCAAGAAAGAUCAGAAUGCAGCUCAAUCUCGUGUUAAGAGAUCUCUCAUUGGAGAAUUUCCAUGUAGUGCCAACUCAACACAAGUUUAUCCCCAUGCAUUCGACAGUCAUCGGAUAAUGUCUCCAUCUUCUCACAAUCUGUUCAUUGAGCUGGAUCACCUCAGAAGCUUACUUCGAGAUUCAAAGGAUAGAGAAUUAGUCCUACAGUCACAAUUGCUGCAAUACAAGGAAAACCCGAGAGUUUCAGAGCUUGAGAAGGAAAUUGAUGCAAAGAGGAUUGAGAUUGAGCGGCUAAAUUGCAGGGUUGGUUCUCUUGAAGUGGAAAAAGACAACCUUUUUGAACAGUUAGCCUCUCUGAAUUCUAUAUUGGAUGCCCGUGAGGAUAGCUCAAGGUUUGAAGGAUCUCAGAAUCUAGCAUCAUAUAGAAACUUGGAGAUGGAGGUCGUGGAAUUACGACGUCUAAAUAAGGAACUCCAGCUUCAAAAGAGAAAUCUAGCUCUAAGACUUUCUUCAACUGAAUCCCAACUUGCCGCCCUUGCAAAGGUCACCGAGAGUGAAAUAUUGGCAAAGGCUCAAGAAGAGGCAUCAGUAUUACGGCACACAAAUCAGAACCUCUGCAAACAAGUCGAGGGCCUUCAAAUGAGUAGAUUAACUGAGGUUGAGGAACUUGCAUACUUACGAUGGGUCAACUCAUGCUUGAGACAUGAGCUCUCCAACUCAGAGAAACUAUCAAGGCAGACUUUAGAUUUAGACGAAGAGCUUAGGAUAAAAUUUAAAGACACUGACAGAACUUUUGAGGUUAACAACGAAGCUUGCUGUAAAUGGCCUCAAGAUACUGAAGAUUGCCAACUUAUAGAUUGCCAAGCUGUUUUAAGUAAAGAGUGGAUAGUAGCUCAAGGAGGAAGCCUUCAACGCAGGCAUUCUAUCAGCGGAGCGAAGGGGUAUAUUGAAAACCUUGCUCUUAACAAAAGACGGCAAUCUGAUGGAUUUAUCUAUCCAAAGGAAAUGGAUAAUGGAACAAAUCAGGAUAACGAAAAAUUGGCUCCUAAUUAUGACCUUGAGGUUGUUCACACUCCUAGAUUAUUUGCGAGCAAAUUAGAACCGUGCAAGGUCAUUACUAUAGAUGUUGAGAAGCGUGCCCUUAGGAUUCCUAAUCCUCCUCCAAGGCCUUCAACGUCUAUUUCUAACCCUGUUAAAACAAAUGGCGCAGUUCCUCCACCACCACCUCCUCCUCCUCCUCCACCUCCCAAAUUCUCCACCAAAAGCUCGGGGGUAAUGCAAAGAGCACCACAGGUCGCAGAGCUAUACCAUUCACUUAUGAAACGUGAUUCAAGAAAGGAUUCUUCAGGUAGUGGGAUCUGUGAUGCUCCAAAUGUUGACAAUGUUCGCAGCAGCAUGAUUGGUGAAAUUGAAACCCGAUCUUCUCACUUGCUUGCUAUAAAAGCAGAUGUUGAGACUCAGGGUGAAUUUGUGAAGUCCCUGAUAAAGGAGGUGAACAAUGCGGCCUACCAAGACAUUGAAGAUGUAGUUGCAUUUGUGAAAUGGCUUGACGAUGAACUUUGCUUUCUUGUGGAUGAGAGGGCAGUGCUAAAGCACUUUGAUUGGCCCGAGAAGAAGGCUGAUACCUUACGAGAAGCAGCAUUUGGAUACCGUGAUAUGAAGAAACUGGAGGUUGAAAUUACAAAUUAUAAAGAUGAUCCUCGUCUCCCUUGUGAUGUUGCAUUAAAGAAGAUGGUAGCCUUGUCGGAAAAGAUGGAGCGUAGCGUUUAUAACCUUCAAAGAACGAGAGAUGUGAUGAUGCGACACUGCAAGGAGUUCCAAGUACCAACGGAUUGGAUGCUCGACACUGGAAUUAUUAGUAAGAUAAAAUUUGCCUCGGUGAAGUUAGCGAAGAGACAUAUGAAGAGAGUUGCAACUGAACUCCAAGUGAUGGGGGCAUCAAACAAGGACCCGGCUCUAGAGUAUAUGCUGCUUCAGGGAGUGAGAUUUGCUUUCAGAAUUCAUCAGUUUGCUGGAGGAUUUGAUUCCGAGACGAUGCAUGCAUUCGAGGAGCUGAGGAACCUUGCCCAUGUCAGAAAGAAGCUGUAAUUAAGAGGGGAAAUUAAAUAGCCGAAGUUGCUUACCUUCUCAUUAAGCAACCUGUAAACUCUGUGCAUUUUUUGUUUUAUUUUGGCGCUUGACUUUGUUGGAUGGAGUUCCAGAUGAACGGCUGUGUUUUUGUAUAUUUUGUAGCAAAAAUGCUGUACCUCAAAGAAGAGGAGGAGGAGAUUAAAGAAC